UUGUUUUUUUCAACCCCACACAGGAACUUGGACUCCUUAUAAAACACCUUCAACCAUCUCCAAACCCCCCAAACACUCUCAAUCCACUUUUCUUCAUUCCCCUUUCACUUUCUCUCUUCCCACAACUCCAAUUCUAGUUUCGGGAUUCCAACACAUGGACAACCAACGCAGUCCUCUUCUCAGUUGGGCUUACUACUGCCACGGAAAGUCAGUGGAGGAGCUCAAGCAGUCGCUGAUGUGCACGACUCUUGAGCUGGAACAGACGAGAGCGAGUGUGCAAGAGGAGCUGAGGAAGAGGGACGAUCAGCUUCAAACCCUGAAGGAGCUUCUGAACAAGGUGAUGAGAGAGAGAGACGAGGCACAAGAGAAAUGGCAAAGACUGGUGGUGGAGAAAAUGGUUUUCCAGCAGCAAAAGCAGCAGCAGCAGCAUCAGCAAACGGCCCCUGCUUCUGGGAUUUCGAGCAUUGAGGAUGAGCCCAGGAGAGGGAUUGACUCCAACAAUGGGCUGUCGUCAUCGGAUUGUGAAGAAAGCAUUGUUUCCUCUCCGAUCAUGGAGCAUUUGGGUGGUGGGCAGGCACAGUUGCCAGAGUCAAUGAUUGAGCUUAUAUCACCAGAUAAACCGUUGCCAGAAAAAGGUAAGCUUUUGCAGGCAGUGAUGAAAGCAGGUCCCCUGCUUCAGACUCUGCUUCUCGCGGGACCACUCCCUCAAUGGAGACACCCUCCACCCGCUCUUGAGUCCUUCGAGAUUCCUCCUGUCACCAUUCCUUCCCCGCAGGCACAGCAACAGGCGCAAACACAAGCGCAAGCACAAUUCCUCCACCAAGACUCCUUCACCUCCAACUGCGGGAGAGUGAGUAGGAAAAGGGUUUUCUGUGAGGGCUCUGAUUCUCCCACGCAGACCAAGUUCCAAAGGAUUGUACUUCACUGACCAGUACUACAACUGUUACUGUUAUCCAGUCAGUUGUAUUUAUCCUUUUUAGUUUUAAUUUAUUCGAUUCGACUGAUCUAGCGUAUGUACAGUGGUUUGUUUUAACUCGGUGGGAGGAAAAGAGCUGAAGGAAAAAAAAAAGGUUUGAUUUUGGGUUUCUGGUGAUAUUGGAUGAAUGAUUUGUCCUUGACUGGCAUUUUUGCCCUUUUCACAUUCUCCUUUUGUUUUGUGUGAGGUGAAAGGGUGUCUGAAAUUGUAAUGUAACUAGGAUAAUGUAGUGCAGGAAGUGAUGAGUGUGUGAGUGUGGGAGAGAGAGAGAAGGGUUGAUGUGUAAGAUCACAUCAACAAUUAAAGGGACGGGUGAUUGGUUGUGUAGUCGUUGGGGUUGGGAGAUAGUGUGGCCAACCACCAAGGGGGACGGCCAUGAGCUCUGCGUGUAGGGUUUGGUGGACCCACAAAUCAGAAUCAGGAUCUAUUACUGGUGUGGUGUAUGAUUAUAUUAAGCUUUUUUAGACAAGUUAUCAUUAUUCACUUCUAAUCC